AUGUUGUUACAAGUAAUUCUAUCUUUUGUUACGACAACUUAUGGGCAACGUUACGUUAGUGUACCGACGUCGUACGGUGUAGUUCAAGGGCGUACGGUAGAUUACGGUAACGACAAGGACCAACUGUAUUAUGGGCAAGCGGACGUUUUUCUUGGCAUACCGUAUGCUCAGCCUCCAGUUGGAGAUUUACGAUUUCGAGCGCCACGUCAAGCGAAUCCGUACAACACAGUCUAUGAUGCGACAAGAUAUCGACCGAAAUGUCCACAAGCAAAUGGUGUAGGCGAUAUGAACGAGGAUUGUUUAUACCUGAAUGUCUUCACACAGAAGGCAGGGAAUCAGUCGGCCGCCGCCGCCGUUAUGGUGUUUAUCGAUGGGUCAAACGGUUUUGGCCAAGGUGGCUGGGAUGAGAGCACUCAGAAAGGAAUGGUACGAAACCUUGUAUCACGAGGUGUCGUUGUUGUCACAAUUCAGUACCGACUAGGUGCACUGGGAUUCUUCACCACGUACACUGCCGAUUUUCAACCUAACAUCGGGAUGCUGGACCAAGUUCAAGCGCUUCGAUGGGUAAGAACAGAAAUUGUUAACUUCGGUGGCGAUCCGAAUCGAAUCACGCUAGCGGGACAAGGAGACGGUGGUUGUGCAGUAUGUGCCCAUACACUAAGUCCUUUGAGCCAGAAUCUUUUCAAUCAAGCAAUAAUACAAAGUGGACCUCUUCAAAGUUGCUACUCACCCGAUUUGGCAAUGACCGUAUCACCGCAAACCACACAGAUACCAGUACUACAGUACGAUGCCGGAGCACCAUACACCCAGGGUCCGUCAGUCUACGGUAACCAGGGAAAUAAUGGCUAUCAGCAGCAGUUCUCGCCAAAUCAAAAUACCAUGUACAACGAUCCCAACAGUGCCUAUAAUGCCGGUAAUGUGAUGUACGACAUGUCCGACCCAAGUCAACAGCUUGCACAACAGCUGUGUAACAUUUCGCCCUCUCAGUGGCAACGAGGCGAUGUGGGCAACUUGCGGAAUUGUCUGCACAAUUACACCAUUGAUGUUUUCGUGAAAACUGAAGGGGUGAGUUUUUUUUCAGGAAAAAUUGGAACGCUUCCUCUUAAUAUGGCCUAA